UAGCCCUUCAAUCUAGUCCGAUUCGAUUCGAUUCCAUAUCUUUUGAGUAUUGUUGUACUAGCUUUCCCAAAACUUCUGGUCAUUGUUUGGAGAUCAUGGCCUUAACAAUCAUGAUGCACUCGAUCCCUGCAAAUCCUAGGACCGCGAUCGACAUUAGCUCCAGGAAAUCCGUUGUGAGAGGACUUUUCCCUGCCGACCAUAGUCCUAGGUUGGCUCCCCGGGUUGGCUUGCGUGUGAAGUGUAUGGCUAAGGAGAGCAAGCAGGAUCUGAACCCAUUCCCGAAAUCGAAACCAAAGGUGAGCACCGACUUCACGGACGUAUUCGCAUUCAGUGGGCCGGCACCAGAGAGGAUCAAUGGCAGACUCGCAAUGAUUGGCUUUGUGGCAGCCAUUGCGGUUGAACUGUCCAAAGGCCAGGACUUGUUCGCUCAGAUCAGCGAAGGUGGCAUCCCGUGGUUCAUAGGGACGAGCAUUCUGCUCUCGGUCGCCUCUCUUGUUCCCUUGUUUCAAGGAGUCACGGCUGAGUCGAAGUCGGAUGGGGUGAUGACUUCCGAUGCCGAGUUGUGGAACGGAAGGUUGGCGAUGUUGGGACUGGUUGCGCUGGCCUUCACGGAAUAUGUCAAGGGAGGAACACUCGUGUAGGGUUUGGGAAUUACAGUAUGUACAUGGAAAAGUAGGUCAGAAUGUAAUCCUCAUAAGCCAAUAAACUGACCAUUGUC